CGACUGGCUGCCUCUCACCUGGCCGCCAGCACACGCUACCCGCAGUAGCUGACACGAGGGCGAGAAUGGCUGCUGCUGCUACCGCCGCAUGACCGCCAUGCAGGACUGGAUCACCAGCGUCGACAAGAGGCCGCAGGACAGGACGGCCAGAGACAUCGAGGCGAUCACCUCCAAAAUGCGCGCUCUCGACGUUUUGGCCCGACUGCCCGUUAACGUUCUGCAGCAGCUCGCCUCCUGCGUCUACUACGAAGAUCUCGAAAAAGGAGUCACUCUUUUCCGACAAGGCGACAAGGGGUGCAAUUGGUACGCAGUGUUAUCCGGCUCACUGGACGUCAGAGUCAAGCAGGAAAACACCAGCAAGGGGAUUCAACAGGUCUCUAUCCGCCGCUUGUCGACGGGUUCUGUUUUUGGAGGAGAUAGCAUUGUGCUCGGUUUGGUCCGCGACUCGACUGUUGUGACGCAAGACGCGUGCGAAUUGCUCCGAGUUGAGAGCCACGAUUUCCAUUCUGCGUGGCAGCGCAACAAGGAGGUGCUCGGGGACCUCGUGACCUCGGCCACCGCGGCCCGUCUCAAGAAUGGCUAUGAGACGCCACCCCCUGGGGGAGGCACUCCGCAGCACAGGAAAUCGUUCGCAGCUUCCAGCCCCGCGGAAAGUCCCAAUCCAGCAUCUAGCUCUCAGCAGCCUCUUUCCGAGAAUGGCUCCCGAGCUGGUUGGGUGUUGCACACACUGUUGUUGGCGAGGGCACCAGGUCUGCUGAGGGAGAGGAAGUCGUCAACAGGACGUGUCCUUAGGAGAUGUGCUGCCGGCACCGACCUCGUCGAAUGGCUCAUGACCAUCGGCGUGCACAGUCGACAACAAGCUACCGCCAUGUGGCAGGUGCUGUUGGAAGAGGGAAUCAUCACGCACGUAUCUCGGGAGCAACCUUUCAAAGACAAAUUCUUGCUGUACCGAUUUUGGCAAGACGAUGAAAAUGGGUUGAGCAGCACCCCUUCGGAUGUCGAGGAGUCUCAAGCGCAGGCCGAGCUGAAGGACGCGCUCGCCUACUUAACGCAGAAGGCGCCAGACGCUAUGAUGCGCCUCAUAUUAAGGAAGCCGACUCACGAAAGGACCGUCGAAGACUUGGAAACCAUUUACGAGGAGUUGCUGCACAUCAAGGCACUUUCUCACCUGUCCAAUUCGGUCAAAAGGGAGCUUGCAUCCGUUAUUAUUUUCGAGUCGCACCAGAAAUCGGGCACUGUUUUGUUUCACCAAGGCGACGAAGGACACUCUUGGUACAUCAUAUUGAAGGGUUCAGUUAACGUGGUCAUCCACGGCAAAGGGGUGGUGACCACCCUGCAAGAAGGUGACGAUUUCGGCAAACUGGCGCUCAUCAACGAUGCUCCCCGAUCGGCCACAAUUGUGCUGCGUGAAAACAACUGCCACUUUCUGCGCGUUGACAAGGACAAUUUCAACCGUAUCCUGCGCGACGUCGAGGCGAACACUGUCCGGCUUAAAGAGCACGGCAGGGAUGUGCUUGUCCUCGAGAAGAUCUCCCCGGCCACUAAUGCAUUUUCACACUUCAAGUACACUGUGAUGGCUGGCACACCUCAAAAAAUGCUAGAGCAUUUGUUGGAAACAAGACUUGAUGGUAGAAUAGGACAAACAAGAGAAGAGGGACCAAGUGAUCCGUUCUUGGAUGACUUUUUACUCACGCAUAUUGUUUUUAUGCCUACGCACCAACUGGUCACCGAACUGGCUAGACAUUAUAGAAUUGACUCUCCCAGCCAAGACCGAGAGUUUUUAGUUGCAUGCAAGAGAAGAGUGGUCCACUAUGUGCACCGAUGGGUCACCACUAUACGACACCCCGUUUUCGAAGAGCCGAGUGCGUUUGCAUUCCUGGAGGAACUCUCUGGAGAGGUCAGCGACGAUAACGCGAGGUGGGAAAUGGAGGAUGAGAAUGCCAAAAUGACUCAAGUGAUGGACGAGUUGGCCCAGUGGAGCACGACCCAGAGCUCUCCCCAAAAGUGGAAACUUCCUCCAGGCGGUCAACCCAUCAGCGCGUUCGGCUCGGACGCGUUGAAAGAUCUCAGAAUGAAACCCCACGAUGACAUAAUUUUCCGAGUCUAUUGUGCCGACCACACUUAUUGCACUCUUCGAUUUCCUCUGAGCACAACCGCUGAUAUCAUCAAGGUCAGCGCUGCGGACAAAUUAGGAUUGAAACACGAUGAUCUCAUUUUAGUUGAAGUUAAAUCCUCAGGAGAGCGGGUGGUUUUCAAAGACACGGACGUAAGCAUCCCAACGGGUCUAAGUCUGAAUGGGAGAAUUUUUGUGUCCCCAAAGGAGCACCUUGAAGCACUGACUUGCCUUCCCGAUCAAGAGACUCCUACUGAGGGAUCUGUCGCAGACCUUGAACUUUACAGCACCAAAGAACUAGCCUAUCACAUGACACUGUUUGACUGGUCUUUAUUCUGCGCUGUGCACGAGUACGAAUUGAUUUAUCACACUUUCGGUCGGCACCACUUCCACAAGAUUACUUCCAAUCUAGACGUCUUCCUUCGAAGGUUUAACGAAAUACAAUUUUGGGUGGUCACCGAAAUCUGCUUGACCUCGAGUGUGAGUCGAAGGGUGCAGUUGGUGCGGAAAUUCAUCAAACUGGCAGCUUACUGCAAGGAAUACCAGAAUCUGAACGCCUUUUGUGCAAUUGUGAUGGGAUUGUCAAAUUUAGCCAUCAGCAGACUGUCACAAACGUGGGACAAAGUGCCAUCCAAGGCACGCAAGGCGUUCACAGAGUUUGAGGCGCUCAUCGAUCCGAGCAGAAACCACCGCUCCUAUCGAAUGGUCGUGGGCAAAAUGAGGGCCCCCGUCGUGCCCUUUAUGCCCCUGCUGUUAAAGGACAUGACAUUCACCCACGAGGGCAACAAAACCUGUCUAGACGGACUGGUCAACUUUGAGAAAAUGCACAUGCUUGCGCAAACUAUGAGGACCAUUCGGCACUGCAGAACAUCUCAGUCAGCAACCUUUGAGCCACCGUCGCCAAAAAAUGAAGCCGAAGUGAAGGCGUACAUUCGCUGUUUGAGGGUCAUCGAUAACCAAAGGGUUUUAACAAGUUUGUCUCACAAGUUGGAGCCUCGACGGUCCUAAAUCUGAGUUGUUGGCGUGAAUUUAGAAAAUGUGAAAAAUAUGCUUAAAUUUCCAAGUCUUUUAAAUCACAUCUUGAUGUGUUUUGAACACCAAUUAUUAAAUCUGGAUGUCUUAACGAUCAAAAGAAGUUUGGCUCUUUUUGCUGUACGAGAGAAUCAUCAAAAUAUAUACACACACAAUAUGAAGUGGAUCAAUAUCAAAAUAAUUAAACUGCAUCCCUCCUUCGGUGUUUAAAGAAAAAAAGUGUCAUGAUUGCAAUAACCUUUGUCGCAAUAGUUUUACUAUGCUGUUGCAAAAAUUCUUAUACAAAUUGUAAAUACUGAAUAUUUUAUAUGGUGUGCCUUUUGUAUUUAUAUCUAUUGUAAAUAAAAUAGAAUUCUCAAUUUAUGAACAUUAUAAUAAUAUUCCGAGCAAAGAGAAAACCAAAGAACAUUGUGUAAGCUGAAGUUAUUUAAAUUGUAACACAUUGUGUACGUUCAUAACUGUAUAUUGCAUAAUUAUACACCUUAAAAUCAAAAUUGAUAUUUGCGCUGGGAUUGAAGUUUUUUUUAACUUUAAAAUGCCUGAGAAUGUAAUGCUUAAAAAUUUUAUUUGAAAUCAACUACAUACAUACUUUUAGUCAGAAAGAGGGUGCACUGGUUUGUUACAGUACACAAGGCUGAUUGAAAAUCUAAUGUAGAAGUGGAAAAUUAUUGGAAAUAUGGGAACUUGACUUUAUUAAUGCUUACUCAAAUGUAUCACCAGCCUUUUCUCUGAGUGUCAUGAGCUUUCUUAACUUCUAAAACUAUUAUAUUGUGCACUGUUUUGACAAUCACUUCAAUCAACACUCGCUCCCUUUCAAAUGUGUGGCUAAUGAAUUGGUCAAUUCUUACAAAGUCCUGCUCGUCUUAACUUUAAGCGUGUCCAAUGUGAUCUUUGAUACAAAUGUUAUGCAUCUAUUUACACAUGCUUCGUAAUUAAAGACUUCGUCACUAAAAAAUUGUCGUAUGUACACUUUGUUCCUUGUUAUAAUCACGUAUUUUGAGUGUGUGUGCCUGCUGCUAUUUUAUACAUAUUUGAAUGUUCUUCACACUGCACACAAUUUUCUAAACCAUCAAAGAGCAAAUAAAUUUGUCAUCCAUAUACACUUUA